UGCUAAACUUACAAACGAGCGCGCUACUUUUGACUGGCUUCGUCGACAGGAUUCAGGAACCAGGGUACUCUAUAAAAUGGCUCUCAUGUCCGCCGCUGCGUACAUUCCGCUGCUAUGUGCCUGCUCGUUGAUGCUCACGAGCUCCGUGGAAGCUUUUUCUAACGUGCUGCUGCAAGGUUCAACUAUGUUUUCUGAGCAAUAUCUUGCUCAGGGACCUUAUCAGUUCAAAAUGCAAGAGGACUGCAACCUCGUGUUGUACAAGAACGGGCAACCACUCUGGGCGACCGAUACCGGUGGUCUAGGCCGCGACUGCGAGUUCAGACUGAAGAAAAAUGGAAAUGCUGUACUCUACACUGGCUAUGACAACGCCUUGUUUGAGUCCAAGACUGCGGACAUGAACAACGGGGCUCACUACAUAAUAAUGCAGUGUGAUGGCAACGUGGUGAUGUACACUGCAGAAGGGAGCCCGAUUUGGGCGACCAUGACAAACGGAAAAGUCCAGGUCAUCGAUCUCGGCUCACCUCCAACUCCAACCGUGAACUCCACCUCGUCGGCUGUCAUCAAGUCUGUGAGAGGAGGACGUUCUCACUAGUGAGGUGAGAAGGAGAAAUCCUUCUGUCAGUCACCAUCUGAAGAAGGAAACCUACUCGGAAUAUGGCAGAUCCAAAUGGUUAUGUUAUUCUAGUAUUUCUGGGGUUGGAUUUGCGGUUAUUGAUCUAGUAUACAGAUGAAGAUGGUUAAAA